CCCCGCGGCGCGGGCGGAGGCGGGGCAGGCGGUCGGUUGCUAGGACUUGGCAGGCGCAGCGCUCGCGUGUGGCGCUUCAGUCGGAGCCGUGCCAAGGAUGGACCCCGCCCCGGGCCCCGUGGAGCAGCGUGGGGACGAGAAGACCGGGAGCCCCGAGCAGGAGCCCGAGCGCUGGCAAGCCCUCCCGGUCCUGUCCGAGCAGCAGUCCCAGGACGUGGAGCUGGUGCUGGCCUACGCCGCACCCGUCCUCGACAAGCGCCAGACCUCGCGCCUCCUCAAGGAGGUGUCGGCCGUCCACCCGCUGCCCGCCCAGCCUCACCUCAAGAGGGUGCGGCCGAGCCGCGAUGCCAGCCGCCCGCAUGCGCUAGAGAUGCUGCUGUGCCUGGCGGGGCCGGCCGCGGGCACCAGGUCGCUCGCCGAGCUGCUCCCGCAGCCGGCCGUGGACCCUCGGGGCCUGGGCCAGCCCUUCCUGGUGCCUGUGCCUGCCCGGCCGCCCCUGACCAGAGGCCAGUUUGAGGAGGCGCGGGCCCACUGGCCCACAUCCUUCCACGAGGAUCGGCAGGUGACACGUGCCUUGGCCGGGCGGCUCUUCUCGGCGCAGGAGCGGACAGCGAUGCAGGGCCACAUGGAGCAGGCCGUGUGGGCCGCUCGGCAGGCGGCUGCCAGGGGCCUGAGGGCGGUGGGGGCCGUGGUGGUGGACCCGUCCUCAGGCCGAGUGCUGGCCACGGGUCACGACUGCAGCAACGCGGCCAGCCCCCUGCUGCACGCCACCAUGGUGUGCAUUGACCUGGUGGCCCAGGGCCAGGGCCGCGGCGCCUAUGACCUCGGCCCCUACCCCGCCUGCUCCUUCGUCCCAGCCGUUACUCCCCAGAGCGUCCGGGUGGGCUCCGUGCGCAAGCUGGACGAGGAUGGGGACAUGCAUGACGACAGCGUCCCUUAUGUGUGCACGGGCUACGACCUCUACAUCACCCGCGAGCCCUGUGCCAUGUGCGCCAUGGCCCUGGUACACUCCCGGGUGCAGCGCGUUUUCUACGGGGCACCCUCGCCCGACGGUGCCCUGGGGACCCGCUUCCGCAUCCACGCGCGGCCUGACCUCAACCACCGCUUCCAGGUGUUCCGUGGUGUCCUGGAGGCCCAGUGCCGCCGCCUGGACCCUGGCGCGUAGACAGCGGGGCCCGCGGGCUUCCGGACCUUGCUCUGCUCCGACGGCUCGGCCUCCUGUCAGACUGCACCCGCAGGCCUUUGCCUGUCUCGUUGCCGCCCAGCGGCUGUGGUCCUGUUGGGCAGUUUUAGGGACAACUUGCGUCUCCCUCCCUGAAGCCAGACCCCAUGCCGUUCCCACUGGUGUGUGGGGAUGCAUUUGUGCCCAGACUGAGCUCGUCCCUGGGCCUGAGCUUAGCGCGGGUCCAGCCUGGCCCGGAACCUGGGCACGUGCUCUUCCUUGCUCCAACCACCUUCAGGCCCGAGCCCAAGGGUCCCCUGGGACGGUGUCCCCUUUGUCCCAGGUGUCGGAAAACGGCCCUGCUUGUGAAAAUAAACAACCCCAAACCAG